UUGACGGGGAUGCUGGUGUGUGUAUGUGCGUAUGUGUGCGUGUAGUGAGAGACUCCCGUAUGCGAGUGUGUGUGUCGUCGGCUUCCUGCUAUUGCUGCUGUCCGCACACCGUUAGUCUCGUCAGUGUUGAACGGCUCGCCAUGGCGGAAGGACGCAGAGAACAGCAACCUCAUCCUGUCCUAGCCUUACCCCCGGCCAGCAAGCGACCCUGCCUUCGCCCUGCACCCCGAGGUCCCGGACCCGGGCCCGGUCACGGCAGCGGGCUGCCCAGCUCGCGGUAUCGUUCCCCGGAGUCCCUUCUGGACUGCGCCGCUAAGGCAGUAGCGGAAAAGUGGGCCUUCGAGAGAGUGGAGGAGCGCUUCGAGCGGAUCCCGGAGCCCGUCCAGCGCCGUAUCGUCUACUGGUCUUUCCCCCGCAACGAGAAGGAGAUAUGCAUGUACUCGUCGUUUCAGUGCCGAAUCGCUGGCGAGGAGGGUCCGUCCGGAACUGCCGGCGGGGCCGGGGGGACAGGGUCCGGAGCUACGACCGCCGCUGCCGGUGGCGGAGGAUCUACCGCUGGUGCAACUGCUGCCGUGGGGGCAGCCGGAGCAGUGGGGACGGGGGACGGACUGCCUUUUCGCCGGGGUAUCCGGCUAUUAGAAACCGGCUGUGUGGAAAACGUUUUACAAGUCGGGUUCCAUCUCAGCGGCACAGUGACGGAGCCGGCCACCUCGUCAGAGCCCGAGGUCACCCAUAAAGUAGCCAUUAGCUUUGAUCGAUGCAAGAUCACGUCUGUAACCUGUGGCUGCGGGAACAAAGAUAUUUUCUACUGUGCACACGUGGUGGCGCUCUCGCUUUAUCGGAUCCGCAAACCCGAACAGGUGAAGCUCCGACUGCCCAUAUCAGAGACGUUGUUCCAGAUGAACAGGGAUCAGCUGCAGAAGCUGGUCCAGUAUCUCAUCACGGCCCACCACACCGAGGUGCUUCCCACUGCUCAGAAGCUGGCGGAUGAAAUCCUCUCCUCCAACUCUGAGAUCAACCAGGUUCAUGGUGCUCCUGACCCAACUGCAGGCGCCAGCAUCAACGACGACAACUGCUGGCAUCUGGACGAGGACCAAGUGAGGGAGCAGGUCAAGCAGUUUUUGUCCCAGGGAGGAUACUACGGCUCGGGAAAGCAGCUCAACUCCAUGUUUGCUAAGGUGAGGGAGAUGCUGCGGAUGAGAGACUCCAACGGCGCCAGAAUGCUCACCCUCAUAACCGAGCAGUUCAUGGCCGACCCCCGACUGUCCUUAUGGAGACAGCAAGGAACGGGCAUGACGGACAAGUGUCGGCAGCUCUGGGACGAGCUGGGUGCAUUGUGGGUAUGUGUGGUGCUAAACCCCCACUGUAAGAGUGAAGAAAAGAGCGGCUGGCUGAAGCAGCUGAAGAAGUGGGGCGACACGGACGUUUGUCCGCUGGAGGACGGAAACUACGGCAGCGAGCUUCCAAACAUAACAAACGCUCUGCCACAGAGUAACCACGCACAAGACUCACUGUCAAGACCACGCAGAACCGUGUUCACUCGGGCAGUCGAGGCCUGUGACCUCCACUGGCAGGACAGCCACCUGCAGAGGAUCAUCAGCAGCGACCACUACAUGUCUCCGUCCUAUCAGAGAGAAGGAGAGAGCCUGCUGUUCAACCCACAGGGCCUGCCGCUCUGGCUAGACCACGUACCGACCGCCUGCGCUCGUGUCGACGCCUUGCGUUCCCACGGUUACUCCCGAGAAGCCCUGCGAUUGGCCGUCGCAAUCAUCAACACACUCCGCCUCCAGCAGCAGAGACAAAUGGACAUUUACAAGCACCAAAAGAAAGAGCUUCUCCAGAGAGGGGUCACUUCAACCACUAACCUGGAGGGCUGGGUGGGUCACCCGCUGGACCCCAUCGGCUGCCUGUUCAUCACACUCACAGAGACCUGCCGCAUGGAUGACGACAACACCAUGGACACUGGAGAUGGCGAGCCGAGACCUCCGGUGUACCACCAUGUUUCAGUGUGGGGCAGCUCAGAUGGGGGGGAGUCGUAUCUCACUCUGGCUUUGGAGGUGGCUCUGAUGGGGAUGGGGCAGCAGAGGAUAAUGCCAGAAGGACUUUACGCCCAGGAUAAGGUGUGCCGCAACGAAGAGCAGAUUGUUGCAAAGAUGCAGGAACUGGAGCUGGACGAUCUCCUGGUUCAGACACUUCGGAAACAAGCCAUACAUUUGCUGGAAGCGGGUCCGUUCAGCGGCCUUGGAGAGGUCAUCCACAGAGAAAGCGUUCCCAUGCACACUUUUGCGAAAUACCUCUUUUCCGCGCUGCUGCCACACGACGCAGACUUGGCCUACAAGGUGGCUCUGCGUGCCAUGAGGUUGCCGGUUCUGGAGUCUUCAGCGGGCUCCGGGGACGUCGGCCACCCUCACCACGGCAUCUCCAUCGUUCCCAGCAGAUAUCCCCGCUGGUUCACUCUGGGACACCUGGAGUCACAGCAGUGUGAGCUGGCCUCAACUAUGCUAACCGCGGCUAAAGGAGACAUGCUGAGACUGCGAACGGUUCUCGAGGCCAUCCAGAAGAACAUCCACUCCUCUUCCCUCAUCUUUAAACUGGCCCAAGAUGCCUUUAAGAUCGCGACUCCGGCGGAGAGCCCGCCCGACAUCACUCUGCUGAACGUGUCUCUGGAGCUGGGACUGCAGGUGAUGAGGAUGACGCUGUCCACCCUGAACUGGAGGAGAAGAGAGAUGGUUCGCUGGUUGGUAACGUGUGCCACGGAAGUCGGUUUGCGGGCGUUGGUGAGCAUCCUUCAGAGCUGGUACACUCUCUUCACGCCCACGGAGGCCACCAGCAUCGUGGCAGCCACCGUCAUGUCCCACAACACCAUCCUGCGCCUCAGCCUGGACUACCCCCAGAGGGAGGAGCUGGCCAGCUGCGCGAGGACUCUGGCUCUGCAGUGCGCCAUGAAGGACCCCCAGAACUGCGCCCUGUCGGCCCUGACGCUGUGCGAGAAGGACCACAUCGCCUUCGAGACGGCCUACCAGAUCGUGAUCGACGCGGCGUCGACGGGCAUGACGUACUCGCAGCUCUUCACCAUCGCCAGGUACAUGGAGCACAGAGGAUACCCACUGCGCUCCUUCAAGCUGGCGUCCCUCGCCAUGACGCACCUCAACCUCGCCUACAACCAGGACACACACCCUGCUAUUAACGACGUGCUGUGGGCGUGCGCUCUCAGCCACUCCCUGGGUAAGAACGAGCUGGCGGCCAUCAUCCCCCUAGUGGUGAAGAGCGUGCACUGCGCCACCGUGCUGUCUGACAUACUGCGGCGGUGCACCAUGACGGCGCCGGGGCUCGCCGGCAUUCCCGGCAGAAGGAACUCCGGGAAGCUGAUGUCGACGGACAAAGCGCCGCUGCGGCAGCUGCUGGACGCCACGAUAUCCGCAUACAUCAACACCACGCACUCUCGGCUGACGCACAUCAGCCCGCGGCACUACGGGGAGUUCAUAGAGUUUCUAAGCAAAGCGCGCGAGACUUUUCUGCUGGCACAGGACGGCCACAUCCAGUUCGCUCAGUUCAUAGACAACCUGAAGCAGAUCUAUAAGGGCAAAAAGAAACUGAUGAUGCUGGUCAGGGAGCGCUUCGGCUGACCUCCAUCACACAGACGUUCUCUUUUGGGAAGUAGUCAAAAUAGUUUUAAUUUAAUCUUUUAUUUGUAUCCUUUUGUUUUUUUAUUUGUCACGUUGAGCCAAUUUUGACCAAGUCUACGGUUUUCCUUUGAAUGUGUACAAAUGCGUUCACAGAACAUACUUCACUGUUACUGCAAGAAGAUGACCUAAAAGAACCGACCAAUAAAGACAGAGCAUCCACCCCCCUCGAACAAAUGUGAACAGAAACAAAGGAAACGACCAUAUAGAAACCAAAUUAUCUCGUUGGGACGGGGGGCGCUCCUUGAGCCGGGCGAUGCUUUAAGCUGGGGUUGUGAAGAACAUGGAAACACACAGUGUUACUGUCGUACCUCGACUGUGUUCCACAUCGGCUUUAACUUCUCUUAGAAUCGGCGUCUCAGAGGAGAGUUAAGAACCUUUACCUGCUGCUUUCCUCCAAACACUUUAGAGAGAAACCCCCACAAUGCUUUGCUGAGUGCUUGUUUUCAACUCCUGACAGACUUAAGCCUCCUCUUGUAUCCAGUAGUAGCUUAUGUCCUUUAGUCAAACAUCUAAGGAAGAGCAGAUUCACCUCACUGCUGCUCUGUGACGGUAAACACUCAUUUACUGCUCCAACAUAAGCAAUAUAAACUACUUUAACUUAAUCAGUUUAGCUCCUUAAUGUUGUUUCUGGAAGCAGUUUGAUCCAAAUAUUUUUAUUUUAUUUUAAAAACUGUUGGUUUGUUUAAUUUAUUACCUAAAAUCUCUUUUCCAUCACAAGAACCGUUUUUCUCUCUAGUUUUUUUAAUUAAAAGACAUUUAAAUGUAAAGAAAAAAAACUAUUAUUGUACAUCAGAGCAAAAAUACAAAUGUUACCAAAUUUGAAUACUUAUAUUUAAAGAGUUAUUUAAUAACUAGGCAUGGGCUUUUGUUUUGAAAAAAAAGGUGUAGCUUUCCAGUGAAAUGUACAGCCAAUUUAGAUUAUAAAUGUCAUUUUGACUUCGACUUUGAUGUAUUAAUAACGCUAAAUUAAUAAAAACAUCCAAAUAAUCAUCUAAAUGGGAGCUAAUGUCGCUAUUAGGCAUCAUUUUUUGGGCAAAAAUCUAUAUGUAUUAUUGACCAUCAUAAGGGACAUUGAAGUAAAAAAAAAAAAAAAGAUUUUUUUUUUUUUUUUUUAAAUUGAAGUUAAAAUAAUUCCGGUUACUAACUGCUGUGCACCAGUUACUAUUUUCUGCGCACCAGAUAGUAACUAGUAAUAUACUAUACUAUUACAGACAGUUACACUAACCAGAUUUUUUUAUUUUUAACUUCAAUUUUUAGUUUUUUUCAGUUACUAUUUGGUGUGCACCAAUUAGUAUUUGGUGAGCACCAUUUACUAACUGGUAAGCAACUAUUUCUAUCUGGUUAACACCAGUUAUUAUCUGGUGAGCAUCAUUUACUAUCUGGUGCACACUAGUUAGUAUCUGAUGUACAACAAUUAGUAACCAAAAUUAAUUUUUAACUUUAAUUUUUGGAAAAACUUUUUUUUACCUCAAUCUUUUUUUUUUUUACUUCAGUGUCCCUUUAGAGGCUCCAUCAUAUUUAAACAAAUUUCUUAAAAUAAAAGUCUGCUUGUACAUUUUCUUAUUUAGCUGGAAAUAAAGUUUAUUUUUAUAAUUGUUAGCUAGACUGUAUAAAAUAGAGCUUUUCUGGCCAAUAAAAUCUAUUUACUUUCCAUUAUAGAUGCCUUAAACUUCACUGACACAAAGAUUAUUAUAAUUUUUUUAAUUCUUGUGAUGGAAAAGGGUGUGAAGGCGCUGUGAGGUUUUGAUUUUCUCCCAGGAUCAGAGGAGGACUGUAGACGCUGAAACACAGUUUUCUUUAGAGGCUUCCGUUUUAGGCCACGCCCCUCUGCACAGGAGGACGCUUCUUCUUCAUCUUCUUUUUUUCUCUCUCGCAGACUCAGCAGUAUACAGUAAAACUCCAAUUUGUACCCAUUUUAGACGCAACGUCAUCGUUCAAGCACUUCACACGAAUACCUCUCGAAUACGUUCCUGCCUGCUUUAGCAUUUGUUUGUUUGUAUUACUGACAUCGGGAAAAAAAAACACAAAGGGGAAACCAUUUAAAGCGAAAAUCAUCAAGAAAAGGGAUUAUGAACAGAGGGAUGUUGUUCUUUUCUUCUCUGCUUGUACAUUCCAUGGGAGCUACCUUCACUCACUACCUGGGUAGUCAAUCAUAACUGAAGAAAUGCAGAUAGACGAAUGGAAAGAGAAUCGAGGCUGAACCCAGUUCUCAGGGACAUCACUUAAAAAGAAAAAAAGGAGUAGCAUUAAGCAUUUAAACUAUUGUAAAUAUAAAAGUGUCAAUUCAGAAAAUUGUAAAGUUAUAAUUAUUUAUGAUAAGUAUGGUAUGUGUGUUUUGUUUUCCCUCUUUUGUUGUCUUUUUUUUUGGCAGGGUGUACUUGAAUAGUUCUAAGCGGAGAACUUUCUUUUUUUCCCCCCAAAAGCAAAGAUUUCAAGGCAUUUCUCAGGUGCUCCUGUGUACAUUUCCUUUGCUUUGCUAAAAAAAAAAAAAGAAAUCAUACUAUUUUAUUUUGAAAAAAACAAAAAAAAAGUUGUUUUUUUUUGCUUCAUUCCUUCCAAACACAUGUGACCAGAGAUGAGGAACAUGAGGGAAGCAUUCAUUCAUGAACAGAAUUGUACUAAACCUGACUAUGCAGAACCACUUUGGAAGUCUUGUCAACUUUUUUUGUUUUGAGCAUGCUUGUAUUUGGACAAUGUGCCGUCACCGAUCUGCAUCUGCUGCAACUUCUAGAGGACAUGGAAAUGGAGCGGCGGCGGGAGAGAAAAAAUGCCUUUUGUGACAGAUCAAUGUACAGAGUUUAUUUUUGGCCUCACUUCUGUGUCAUUCUUUUCUUUCUCCUAUCAGGACUAAAGCCUUUAGUGUCUUCUCAGACGUGUUGUGCGGUCGCACCGCCGCGAGGCAAGCCGGCGUCGGAAAGCAUGUGAACAGAAGAGAUGCUCAUUUCUCUCUUUUACGUUUUUUUUUUAUUUGUACUUUUUAAAGUUCAGUGUUUAUAUCUCAUUGCCAUAGAUUCCCAGUUCCUCCCUCACAGGAACCGUUCUGGAUUUGAAGCAAUGCGUUUUUGGUGUGUUUUAGGGUAGAGCUGCAUCCUUUUGUUGUCUUAAAGCACAGUGACACGAGUGCACAUCAGCAGCCUUGUUACCACAAAGUCAACUUGUGCAAAAAAAACAAAACAAAAAAAAAAGCUGCAGGGACUUUUUGCAUCACCAGAAUGGAAACAAAGACUGUAGAAUAACUCCUUAUCCUAAUAGUUUGAUCAUGUCCUUAACUCAGAAGCGCCAGUCCGCUGCCUUUAAUGUGAUGCGUUCACUGACAGCAUUAUCUCCUUCCUGUGUGUUCACCCACAACCACAGUUUUUUUUUUCUUAGUUUUCCUUGUAUUUCUUUCAUUUUUAGGAGAGUACUGUUUGCUGGUAGAAACGUAGUUCACCUACUGUUCCCCUGUUUGUUUUUGUUUUGGGCUUGCAUUUUUACUUAAGGGAAAAAUUGAAAGUGUUUGUUGCCUCUUUGUGCUACUGAUUAUGACAAGGUAUUUCCAGUAUUUGUUGCCACAGAAGUAUCAUAGCUUAUCAUUAACACUUUUUUUUUUGGUAAUUUUGUUUGUGGAACUUCUUGAGCUACUGUCUGUAAAGCGAGAAUUUAUUACUAUUUAUGUAACGCUACUACCAUUUUAUAUUGAUUUGUGUUGAAAUCUCAGUGCUUUUCUAUGAAUAAAGUGUGAAACACGUUAAAAAGGAA